AAAACUUCGUGAACCUUUAAUUCCUAUAUAAAAAUAUGAUGCGUUGGCAUUGUUUUUAGGUGUCUCCGAGUUUUCUUAGAACUGCAUCAACUUUGCUAUGGCAACAACCAUCUGCAACACUCCCUUCUCCAUGGAAAGGAAAACUGUUGUGCUUGUUAAGCCCUUGGAACCUACGCCUCCCGAAGUUCUUUCUUUCUCCUCCAGCGACAACGAUCCCAACAUGGAGGACCUCUAUCAAUCUGCUUACGCGUAUAAAGCACAUGAUAAUCAAAAUUUCGCUGUUGGCAAUAUUGGUCAGGUGGCGGAUCCAGCUUGCAUAAUUGAGGAAGCUCUCUCUCCAAGGUCUUGGUUUAUUAUUUUCCUAUAGCAGGGAAACUGAGGAUGGGAAGUGAUGGAAGGCUUCAACUCAAGUGCACUGCUGAUGGGGUACCUUUCGUAGUGGCAACUGCCAGUUGCCAACUCUCGUCUCUGAAUUAUCUAGAAGGGAUUGACAAUGAAAUUGCUAGACAAUUUGUCAGUGAUUUUAAAUGUGAAUCCGAUUUUGGUUAUCACCUUCUAAUAUUUCAAGUGACCAAAUUUUCAUGUGUACGAUUUGCUGUUGGAAUGAGCUUCGCGCACUCAGUUUGUGUUGGGGUCGGCGCAGCGCAAUUCUGUCGAGCUCUAACUGAGCUUGCCAGUGGGAAGAGUGAGCCUCCCAUAAAACCUGUUUGGGAGAGGGAGAGAUUGGUAGGAAUUCCUACUCAAGAACCCUUCCAUUUCCUUGUGGAUAAAAGUUCUUUAGCAACUUCGCCAUACUUGCCUACUUCAGACAUCGUCCGUGAAUACUUCAACGUGACUGCACACGGUAUCGAAAAGCUCAAGAUUAGUAUGAUGGAAGGAAGUGGCAAAUGGUGCUGCACAGGAAAGAUUCACCACAAUGGAGGUCCUCGUGCGUAUGUUUGGAGAUCAAGGUUUAUAGCUUUGAAGUUGGAUGCAAAUGGAAACUGCAGCUUACAUGUAGCUGUAGGUAUUAGACGUCUGCUGGAUCCGCCUUUGGCUGAUGGAUACUAUGGGAAUGCUUUUAUCUUUGCUUACAUUAAUCUGCAAAUAUAUGGUUUGUUCUGUUGGUAAAGGUCCUACUAAGGAAUUUAUCCCAUUAGCCGCCGCUUUAGCACAUGGCAGACGUUUAGCUUAAGGUCCUUUUCUGCUUGCUUACUUGUAUAGAAAUUGUUAAGAUGUCACAGUUUACCCCUUAGGCAGUAAUGGUGGGCCACUUUGGAUUCUGCAACUAUGGCUUUACUUUUAUUUCCCUGCACUUGCUCCUGUUUUGUCUACUGUACCAAGUCAAUAUCUGCUUACUUACGGCUUAAUGUUUAGAGAUGCCACAGAAAAUAAGAAAAAUUUUGAGGA